UAGGCAUACCUCGGCAUACUUCGCUGGUUGCAGGUAAAAGCGCGCGUGGCUGGAGGGCGAUGCGGCAGCCGUGGGCGCCUCUCCUGCUCCUGGGAGCGGUGCUGGGGGCCUCCUUGCAGAGGGGCUGCUGCGGCUCCCUCUUACACUCCCUGUCCUACUUCUACCUGCAACUGCCAGAGCCCAGCCAGGGGCUGCCUCAGUUCUUCAUUAGAGGCUACUUGGAUGACCAGCCCAUCGCUCGCUUUGACAGCCUCACCAGGAAGAUGGAGAUUCUGGUGCCUUGGAUGGAGGAGGAGGAGAAGGAGAGAUUUCUGGCCCUGAGCGGAUCUCCAGAGCUGGCCAGGAGAAGUUAUCAAAACUGGACCACCAGGCUGAAGACCUCCUCAUUCUCUCUCCUCCCUCCUCCCUCUCCAGGCUCCCUCUUACACUCCCUGUCCUACUUCUACCUGCAACUGCCAGAGCCCAGCCAGGGGCUGCCUCAGUUCUUCAUUAGAGGCUACUUGGAUGACCAGCCCAUCGCUCGCUUUGACAGCCUCACCAGGAAGAUGGAGAUUCUGGUGCCUUGGAUGGAGGAGGAGGAGAAGGAGAGAUUUCUGGCCCCUGAACGGAUCUUCAGAGCUGGCCUGGAGAAGUUAUCAAAACUGGACCACCAGGCUGAAGGGCUUCACACCUGGCAGGUAAUUUGGGGCUGUGAGCUCAGAGAAGAUGGGAGCAAAGGAGGGUUUUUGAACUACAGCUACGAUGGGAUGGACUUUAUCAGCUUUGACAAAGAGACCCUCAGAUGGGUGGCAGCUCAGACCCAGGCAGAGAAGGUCAAGGAGAAAUGGGAGGAGGAUCCAGGAUGGUCCCAGAGAAACAAAGUCUACCUGGAGGAGGCCUGCAUUGAGUGGCUGCGGAGAUACCUGUCCUACAAGAACAAGACUCAGGAGAGGACAGAGCCUCCGGUGGGGAAGGUGACUCGCAAGAAUGGCAGCCUGGAGGUCCUCACAUGCCAGGCCUUUGGCUUCUAUCCCAAGGAGAUCCAGACCACCUGGACCAGAGAUGGAGAAGUCUGCCAGAAUGAGACCCUCCAAAGAAACGUGGCCCCCAACUCAGAUGGGACCUAUUACUUCUGGCUCAGCAUUAAGAUCGACCCCAAGGAGAGGGACCAUUUUUGGUGUCACCUGGAGCACAAGGGCUUGCAGGAGCCCCUGGUCUUGGCAUGGGAAGAGAAAACAGCUACAAUGUGGUGGAUUCCUGUGGGAAUUGUGGCCGCCGUGAUCUUGGGACUUGGGAUUCUCUUCCUGAGAUGCCGGUGGCGAAGAUGCAGGAGAUGGUUCCAGCCAAAGGUGACAACUUGCCCUGAUCCCGUUUCUCUAGAAAUGGUUCCUUCUCCUCCAAUUUAUGGCACAGAAGAGGAGAUUCAGUCACAGCUGAUGCUCUGACCUGGGUGAGCCUCACUAUUGCAGAAGCCCAUUUAAGAGGCUAAAUUCCAAGCUUGGAAAAUUACCUGGAAGACAAGACCACCUGGCUCGGUGAGGCAAGGAAAUAUCUUUCCAAGAUAACCACGGACAGAGAUGGUGGGCUGCCUGGGGUUCCUUUGGGGCUCAGCCCCUCCUGCCUGGUACUCUCCGAUCAGCUGCUCGGCAGGGAAGAUCCAGCCCAGCUCAGCUUCUCCAGCCCGUCAGCUGUGAGGGAAGAAUAUGGGGCAGGGAAGGACCCAAAAGCAAGAGUUGGGGCACCCUGAGAAAAUGAGGGACGUCUCUCCAAGGAGGAGGGGAGGGAGGGCUGGAGAAACAUGGGCUGUAGCUGUAUCCCAAGAAAUAAGCCUCCUUGAUGAUGAUGAACUGAAGGGAUAACAGGAAAGGAACUCUUAAGGGGGACGUGAGGAUCCCUCUCCGAGAAUUCCUCUCUUCAGGGAGAAGUUAUCUCUGUGGAUGAGGAUUGUAAACCUUUCUCCAGGGUGGCUGCUCGCCCCCAUGUCUCCCGGGGGUUGCUGUGGGACGAAGAGGGAGCUAUGGGGCCCUCCCCAUACAAACCACGGUGCUGAAUUCCUCCAUUUUUGUUAAGGUAUUGAGAUUUAAGAGCUGACCAACUGUACAGCUUGUGCAACUAUAAAGCUGAUGAAAUGCAAGGCUGAUGCAGUGAAGAUGAAUUAGCAUUGGUAUUGCCAGUUGUAGACUAGAAAGGGAUCCACUAAAGCAGAGGUUCCCAAUCUUUUUCGCCCGCGGCUCCCCCGGAAAUCCGACCUGCAACUGCGCAUGCGCACCAGACGCCCCAGAAAUGACGCAUCAGCGCCAGACCCAGCGGGCGCAGAUAUUCCGCGGCGCCCCCAUGACGAUAGCACGGCUCCCUGGGGAGCCGCGGCUCACACUUUGGGAAUCACUGCACUAAAGUAUUUAUCACUUUAAGAGGUAUAAAGGCAACCAGGAGAUGGCGUAUUCUCUCUCUUUGUGUUCUUGUUGCUGAGUUCUCCAUGUAGAGUUAAGAAGAAGAUUGACUGCUUGUCAUGUGUUGUGCCUCCUCCUCCCUCCUCUCCUCAGCCAGGCCCCUCCCGUCUCCACCCAGGCCUGUUAUCAGACUCCGAAUCUGAUAAUGAAGAUGAAUGGCCUGUCAUGCCUCCAGCCACCAGCCCUGGCCCCAUGCCCAGAGAAGAUGUCAGGAGUGAACAGACAAGUCCGAUAAACUUCACUCCUACAGCAUGUGAGCAGGGAGCCAGCCACGUUCUGGAAUUACUGACAGCAGAUCCAGCUGAAGAAAAUUUAAAGUGGGAGGAUCCUCGCUUCCGGAUAUCUGAGAGGCGACACCAGCAGAAGGAAGGGAGGGGCAGGCCUGGAUAAAUGCUGAGUCAUGGAGCCACACCCCACAGCCUAUAUAAAGGACCUGUUUUUGGCAUUCCAACCUUGAGUCAAGCAAAGUCUCAUCUAGUUUGCUGAUAUCGGACUCUAUCGCUGAAGUCACAACUUGGACUCCUGCCUGCCCUGAUAAACCUCGAAGGAAUUUGGCAAGCUGCAGAGGCUUCGUUGCCACGUUUGACCCGGUCGUCGGAGUGGGAGUGGGACACGACAUCAUGUAUUUGCCAACUACGUAUAUUAUAUAUCUUGUAUAUAAACCAGUGUUAAAUGUCUAAGUCUCUAUGUGCUGGGUUUUGCUCCUGAGUUGUCUCCUAAUAGUAGUCACGCUGCAAAUGCUGUGACAAUUUUCUCUCUUUGCAGCACAAGACAACCUACGGAAGAUGGAGGACCCAGAGGGCUCCCAAAGGUAAUGUUUCAAUGUUGCCCAGUGGAGAAGGGAAGCAACGGAUGCUGAAAAGAUGGCUGGGCAAUUGAAGUUGUCUCUCCAGUCCAGGCCAUCUUCAGAUCAGGAGCAAGGGAGGCAGUGAGGAUGGUCAGCCCAGGGUCUCUCUUCCAGUAUUUAGGAAUUUCAGAAAGUGCAGUAUUUCUGUUUCCACUGUUGGAGAAAGAACAUUGUUCUGUACUACUGCUGCUGCUGCUGCUGCUGCUGCUGCUGCUGCUGCUGCUGCUGCUACUACUACUACUACUACUACUACUACUACUACUAUUAUUAUUAGGAGGAGGAGUAUUGGAUGUUUACAUUUAGGACGGUGAGCAGUUUUGUGAUUGUAUUUUAUUUAUUAGUGAUUAAACAUAACUCUUAAUUCCUUUUCCACCUGAUGUAUUUUUGUGGCCAGUUUUGUUAAUUGUUGCAUUAGGAUGCUGAACCUCAUGGCUGCUUUCAAGUCUAUCUUUUAGAUCUGCAUGGAAGGCAGGCAGUGGUGGGAUUCAGCCAGUUCGCACUACUUCGGGAGAACCGGCUGUUAAUUUUCUGAGCAAUUUGGUGAACUGGUUGUUGAAAGAAAUCAUUAGGGCAGAGAACCGGUUGUUAAAUUAUUUGAAACCCACCACUGAAGGCGGGUGACCCCGAAGGUCUUCCCACGGGGUCACCAUUCUGGAACUUGCUCCUUAAAUAAAAGUGUUUCUCUUUCCCACCUUCGGGUGUGGUUAUUGGGCUUGCACGUCAGCGAAAAGAACUCCCGGUUUUCCCCAGGUAGCCUCGCAGUUUCUAUGGUACUGAAGGAUAUGGCAAUGUAAGAGAAUAGAUAUACUGAAAUAAUAGGAUUAUUAGAAACUUGUUAAUUAUGCCUGUUUCCUGUAACACUGAUAUAUAUAUUGUGUGCCCUUCUGUAGUUAGAACGCAAAUAUGCCACAUGGACAAACUUCCUGGUGAAGGGAAUAGCAGUAAAUAGAUAGAAACUUAUCCUUCUAUAGACAUUUGUUCUAUCGUAAAAGUAUAUGUUAUACUGUUGUAAAAGUACAUCCUUCCUCUUUUAUCCUGCAUUAAGAUCUAAAACCUUCCAUAAAAUGCCACUCUGUUUACCACAAGAAAUUGUCACAUAUCUCAAACUAGCAGAAGCAAUCUACACACCCUUGUAGUGCUAAUAGGGGACCAAGUGGCUAUUUAGAAAGACAAAAAGAAGGAAAAGAUAACACUACAGAGGAAUGCAAAUUAAGAGUUAGAUUAUAUCACUGACCUUUAUUUACAAUGUUGUUGACUGAAUGUAAAUUAGGAUACAUUAAAUGACUUUUACAAUGUAAACAGGUUACUUCAAAUAUCUGUUUCAGUAUAAAGAACAUUGGUUUGCCUCAUGCUUUGUGGAAUUUCCCUCUCAUGUCCUUUGUAGGUGAGCUAGGAACUUCUUACCCAGAACUUUAAACUUUGAUCAAAGAAUAAAAGUCUGUUACUUCAGGUUACUUCAAAGAUCUGUUUCAGUAUAAAGAACAUUGGUUUGCCUCAUGCUUUGUGGAAUUUCCCUCUCAUGUCCUUUGUAGGUGAGCUAGGAACUUCUUACCCAGAACUUUAACCUUUGAUCAAAGAAUAAAAGUCUGUUUCUUUGGUUCUGAAGCCUCAGUUUAAGUCAUUGUUUUGGUUCAUAUUUGGCUUAAGCGUAUUGCCAAACCUUACAGUACAAAAACAUGGCAAAAAUCCUUUACAAACAAUUGACGCUUAUGGAGCGACUGGACGCUUAUGGAGUGACUGCAGAGAGCCAGUUUCCAGAGGAAGGAAGAGUUCACUUAAGAAAGAUCAUUUAUUUAAAAGAGGUUAAAGAAGGGGUCUAACAAACAGGUAUGGGAAACUUUCCAUUGAGGGUCAUUUUAAAGUGGUCUCACCACAGCAAGUGGAGAAAAAGAAUCCAACCAUCCCCAACUUGCAGGAUAGUAAUAAGUAUCUGAAGCAGCAAAAGGAGAAGCUUAAGGAACAAGUGGCUGAACUGAGGGGGUCCCUGUUGAACCACCUGCCUCACCUGUUCCCUCAUAUCCCACCAUUCCCACGGCUUUCCCAGCCACUCUCUGCUCUGCUAAGAAUCUUUUGGACCCUUCAGAGAUAACGGCAACCUCCCAUAUCCUUCCACCCUCAUGCAAAAAAGAAGCAGAGCCUCUCUUAGAUCAGCUCUCAAAGCAAAUAGGAUACCAGCAGUUAGAGUCCGAGAUCAAUCGGACCCAACAAUGGAUGGAUUUCCACUAUGUGAAAACUGUCAAGAGUAUGAAGGUUCAUCGACUGGAAUUGUUGACAUGUGGGGACUGUUUGGAAACUGAAACCUAGUAUUUGUUUGUAUGGGGCCAUAAGAGACAGUUUGGAGUCUGGGCGUGGCUUAGACUUCCUGAACUGUAUAUAAGAGUUUGGUUUGGCCUCUGGAAUUUUGGUGCCUCUGUACAAUAUUACCCUCUCUAGCUCUCUACUUUGUAAUGAUUUGCUUCUAUGAAUAUUGCUUCUGUGUUCCUGUUUUUGUAUGCUGAUUUCUGCUGUAUGGUAUUGGGCCGGGAUAACUCAGGCUGCAGAGAAGCCUGUUAUUAGAACACAGAGCUUGCAAUUACUGCAGGUUUGAGCCUGGCCCAAGGUUGACUCAGCCUUCCACCCUUUAUAAGGUAGGUAAAAUGAGGACCCAGAUUGUUGGGGGGGCAAUAAGUUGACUUUGUAAAAAUAUACAAAUAGAAUGAGACUAUUGCCCUAUACAUUGUGUGUACAGCUGCGAUCACACAUUGCUCCCAGAAGCACGAAGCUGAAGCCUGAAGAUGACGAAUGAGACUUCGUCGAAACAUUGCCAAGACACUUCCAAUUUUACGCGGGAGAAAACCCGAAUAACCAAAGACCUACAUACAAACACCCGCGAAAACCUCAGAAAACAAAUAUAUAUAUAUAUAUAUAUAUGUGUGUGUGUGUGUGUGUGUGUGUGUGUGUGUGUGUGUGUGUGUAUAUAACUGUCUGGUUUGGUUCUGCAACCCAAGAAGAAAGACACAGACUUCAGAGAAUAAUUAGAACUGCAGAAAAAAUAAUUGCUACCAACCUGCCUUCCACUGAGGACCUGUAUACUGCACGAAUCAAGAAGAGGGCUGUGAAAAUAUUUACAGACUCCUCGCAUCCAGGACAUAAACUGUUUCAACUCCUACCCUCAAAACGACGCUAUAGAGCACUGCACACCAGAACAACUAGACCCAAGAACAGUUUUUUCCCGAAGGCCAUCACUCUGCUAAACAAAUAAUUCCCU